AUGUUAGGAGCAGAAAACUGUCAACUCAUAGCCUCCAGAGAGGCGGAUGUAGCAGCGGGUUCACUCAUCACUGCGGCCGAACUCAUGAGCUCUGGGACGGGAACCACUCACUGGGAGCUCCGGGGACCGCACAGGGGGAGGCUGCAGCGCCUGCUCGGUGUCUCCGGCUGCGGUCCGAACCGGUUCAACGACCUGCUGCUGCUGCGGCCCGAAUCAGAUGGAGAGAGCUGUGCCGGAACCAAGGAGAGGAGCAACAACAGUCACGUUGUCUUCUUCCAUGGAGACAUCCAGAACUUCCAGGAGGAGAUGGCCCUGCAGCCCGACGGAGCCCAGUGGCUGUCCUGGAGUCUGGAGCAGGUGGCUCUCAUCCUGGGCCGGCGUUUCCCCAACACAAACAUCUGGGUGGUGAGAGCCUCCCGCAUGUAUCUACACAAGUUCAGCUGCUACCACAACUUUGUGGAGAGCAACAUGUUCGGGGCACCAGAGCACUCUCCAUACUCUGCUGACUGUGGAGCCUUUCGCCAACUCAGAACCCUGCUGAGCAACGCCAUGGAGCGAGCCAAGCUGCCAAACCCGCUCCAGCCAGUAGGAGGCGCCGAGAGCAUCCCCUCAGGCUUCUCUCUGACUCUGGUGGGUUUCAGCAAAGGCUGCGUGGUUCUGAACCAGAUGGUGUACGAGCUUCCCGGGGCCCACGCCGACCUGCAGAUGUCUGCCUUUGUCAAGCGGAUCUCAAACAUGUUCUGGCUGGACGGAGGACACCCGGGAGGUAGCGUGACCUGGGUGACUGACAAGAAGGUACUGAAGGAGCUGGCCGCCAGCGGGGUGUCCAUCCACGCCCAUGUAACCCCGUACGAGGUGCGUGACCCCAUGCGGGCCUGGGUGGGCCACGAGUAUGGACAUUUCAUCCAGACACUGGAGGAGUUCGGGGCGUGUCCCAGCAAAAAGCUGCACUUUGAGGAGGAGCCACCCUCCCUCGAGAACCACUUCAGAAUCAUUCUGGAGUUCUGAGUUUGGGUUGGGUGGUAAAACCGGCCCUGAGAACUUUGCUUUUUGUUUCUGUCUCAUGAGGCGAUACGACGUGCACCUUUUUUGGGGGGUUUUCUGCUGCUUAAAACGCUUUAAGGAACCUGAGGCCAAAUGAUUUUAAUUCUGCACAGAUGAAAAAAAUCAUCCCUCAGACAUCCUGUAGGAAACAUGUUCACAUCUGAUUAGAAAUCAUGAAUAAUUGUCUUUCAAUAGGAAGGGAUUUAAAUGACAGUAUAUUAUAUUAUAAAAUAAUUAUAUUUGUGACGUAGCGUUAAGACUGACAGUUCCUUUUUCAUUCCUUCAGUCAGAACCCAGGGUUUAGCUUCUCUUCCUAGAGAUGAAUCUCUGCUGAAGAUCAACCAGAACAUGAAGGUUUUAGUUUCCUGAAUGCAGCCUGUUCUGGCUCCUCAUGAAGAGUUUUCAGUCUCGCCUCGUGGACGAUGUUGAGCUCCAGAACAUCACAUCCCGGCAGAACCUGUAGCAAGAACUUCAAUUAACUUAAAUGUUAGUUUGGUUCUGAUCUGCAGUGAAUCAUCAGUCACUGACUGGAGGAAACGGUCCGGUAAACAUGUAGAAUACUGAUGUAUUAAUAGUUUGGGUCAAGAUGUUCCUGUCCACUCGCCACGAGCAUGAAAACCACCAUGUUUUUGGACCUUGAAUGAUUUAGUUGACCCGUUCUGGAGACUGAGAUAUAAACAUAAUAUCUGCUUCAGUGUCUGUUAGCAAUGUCUCACCCGGUCCACACCCUUUCUGUAUCCAGCAGGUUUCUGACUGAAAUCGGACCCACUCUGCUUGGCAGAACUGAGUCCAUCUUCAUUAGUUGGUUUCUUGGCUCAGACCUGACUUCUAAACAUGGACCAGAACUCAGAUCCUUGGCCAUUUCAGGUUAAUGUUAUCCUGCUUUAUCCAGUCCAGAACCAGUUUGGAUUCUUGUCCUGUUGGAUCACCCAACUGGGUCCAGGUGUCAGUCAUCUAGCUGUUGCCUGAAGGUGAAUGCAGUGCUCCAUUACCGCUGAGAGUGAAACCAUCCCAGACCAUGAUGCAGCCACUACUGUGCUUGACAAGAAGAAGUGUUCUCAGUCCUCCAGAAUCAGUGUGGUUAAACAUCUCAGUCUUCAUCUCCACUGGAGAUUCACCCAGUUCUAAUUUUUAACAGUUAUAGCUGCUCUAUAAGGUCCAAAAUAUUCCACCCUGGAAAAGAAACGGUUCAGAAUAAUCACUAAAAGCUAAAUAUUGGCCUUCAUCUUCAUGAUGCAUGGAUGGAAACUUCUACCCUGCUUCUCUAUUAGAGGCUGAACUAAGUAAGAAUCUGCAGCCUCAGGUUGGAUAUUUGAGACCAGCAUUAAUAAUGACACAAGUUCAUUAGACUCAUUUCUGAUACCCCGAGAAGGCAGUGUGGUAUGCAGCCCUGACUGCAGAGAUGAUUCCUCUAAAUGUGUUUCAAGGCUCCUGCAGAGCCACUGAUCUCUCGUUGCUCCUGGUUUUAAACCAGAAGAAUGUAUCUGAUCUCUGGAGCAUCUUUGCUCUGCGCUGAUGGCUGCUGGUCAUUGAGCUGAAGGUAACCUGACGCAUUCCUUUAUGCUUACCGCCCGCUGGUGUGAGACACGGAACAUGUUGUCCUGUUGCUGUGUAUCUAAUGGUGGCCAGCAGGUGGCAGCAGCAUGACAAACACAUGACACUUUGUUACUUUCUACAACCUUUAAUGAGCUUUUUUCCAGUUUGCUGUGUGAUGCCUACAUAUUAGCCAGCAGUUGAUCACAUUACAGAUUAUUUCUUCUUUUUGAAGAUGUAAUUAUGAUGUUCAAACAUUAAAAAAAACAUACAAAUAAAAUGCAAAAUAAAGAUACUACAUCCUUUC